CUCCGCCAUCUUCCCCCGCCCGCCGCCCGCGCCCGCCGAGGUGAGCCCGGCGCGCGGGCCGAGACCGCCGCCCUAACGCUUCCACAUCGCGGAAACCGCGGCGGGCCCCACCCGCCCCCUGAGCUCUGCCGUCGCCUCCUCUUCCCCGCUUCUUUCAUCAUCCCUGGUUUCCCUGCCCUUUGGUCGGGGACGGUGCGUGCUCCUCAUCCCUGGCCCUUUGCCUCCACCUCCUUCUGCUAUUGCUCCCCUCCCCCUACUCCUGUCCUUAACCCUUUUUUCCUUAUUAUCGCCCACUUUCUUCCUCUCACCCUUUUGCCUUCUUUUCUGCCGCCCCGCUUUUUUUCUGUUUUUUAAAAAAAAAGGAACACAAGACCCGAUUUGCCGCAAAUGAACAAUUUUAACUCUUUUUGCUAACGCGAGAGACCUUUUAAAGGAAUGAAUCAGUGCAGGAAGGGUCGUGGUGAGGGUACCGAGGUCGCAGUGUCUGGGAGAUCUGAUCUAGAGGUCCCCGUUUUCGUCUUCUUUUCACUCGUAUAGUCAGUUGGGAGAUAGAUAACUGAGCGUGUGUGAAGCAAGUGGGUCUAUUUUUCUUCGUUAAAGUCCAACAGAAGACUGCAGUCCGACGCGGUGCGGGCCGGCCACAGAUUAGUUGGUGGGAAUAGUGUUAUCAUUUGCUAAAUAUAUUAUGACAUAGCUGUGCCUCCGUGAACAGCUCCCUUGACCUUGUGCGGCUCCUCCUCCCUUGCUCUCUGUCCCCCUCUGGAAUUUCCCGGACAGAUCGCCGAGAAAGACAGGACAGUCUCCAAUGUGAGAAUGGCUGUGACUUUGGAAGAAGCUCCGUGGCUGGGCUGGAUCUUGGUGAAAGCCCUGAUGAGAUUUGCCUUCAUGGUCGCCAACAACCUGGUUGCUAUUUCCUCCUACAUCUGCUAUGUAAUUGUGCUUCAGCCCCUUCGACUGCUGGACAGUAAGCGGUUCUGGUAUAUUGAAGGAAUCAUGUACAAAUGGCUUUUAGGAAUGGUGGCUUCUUGGGGAUGGUAUGCUGGAUAUACAGUGAUGGAAUGGGGGGAAGAUAUUAAAGCAAUUUCAAAAGAUGAAGCAGUAAUGUUGGUGAAUCAUCAGGCAACAGGAGAUGUGUGUACCUUGAUGAUGUGCCUCCAGGACAAAGGACUGGUUGUUGCUCAAAUGAUGUGGUUGAUGGAUCAUAUUUUUAAGUACACAAACUUUGGAAUUGUUUCUCUAAUUCACGGAGACUUCUUUAUCAGACAGGGAAAAUCUCAUCGUGACCAACAGCUUCUUCUUCUCAAGAAGCACCUAGAAAAUAAUUACAGGAGCAGAGAUCGAAAAUGGAUUGUUCUGUUUCCAGAAGGGGGCUUCCUCAGGAAGAGGCGAGAAACCAGUCAGGCAUUUGCCAAGAAAAAUAACUUGCCGUUUCUUACACAUGUCACUUUGCCAAGGAUUGGGGCAACAAAAAUUAUUCUGAGUGCACUUGUAGCACGGCAGGAAAAUGGAAGUCCAGCAGGAGGAGAUGCUAAGCAAUUAGACAGCAGAUCGAAAGGCCUCCAGUGGAUAAUAGAUACAACCAUAGCUUAUCCCAAAGCUGAACCCAUAGAUAUUCAAACCUGGAUCCUUGGAUACAGGAAACCAGUAGUCACACAUGUACAUUACAGGAUCUUUCCAAUUAAAGAUAUACCCCUGGAGACUGAUAACCUUGCUGACUGGCUCUAUCAGCGUUUUAUUGAAAAAGAGGACCUCUUAUCACAUUUUUAUGAAACAGGGGCUUUUCCACCUCCCAAGGGCCACGAGGAAGCUGUUUCCAGGGAAAUGACGCUCAGCAAUAUGUGGCUAUUUCUCAUACAGUCUUUUGCAUUUUUGUCAGGCUAUAUGUGGUACAGCAUCUUUCAGUAUUUUUACCAUUGCCUGUUUUAGGAAUUGACUUGGACUUGUCAAGGUCACCACAGGAGCUUGGACUUUCAUAAGCGUGCAUUGUUUUACAUGUACAAAUCAGAAUAU